AUGUUCACAGCCUUGCCUGUUAAGAAGCUGACAACGUUCAAGUUCAAGUUCCUCGAGCUCCGAGAAGUCAUGCGGCCGUCCGGCUCAAACUCAUCCUUCCCAAAAACGCGGUCGACUAUCAAACAUGGGGGACUGUGUAACAAGUUUAUCGAAAAACAGAGGCAACGGCAGGCUUCCAAGAAAGCCCGCGAACGGACGACUUCUUUCAAGAGUCUGAUGAGCGAUUUUGUUGAUAGAACUCAGCGCGUCGACCUCAAAUGGUUUGAUGUCGAUCGCGAAUUCCGAUGGGAGGAUGUGAAGGAGAUGGCCGCCGCUGCUAUCGAUAGAGACGUUGAAAAGACGAAAUGGAGCAAGAACCCACUUCGAGCGGCAGCAAGGUCAUUCCAGAAAAACGCAUCAAACUUGGAAAUGCUGCUGGCCUUCCUCCCAAACGGGGAUUUCACGGGCGUUCUAUGUGGGGCAUUGACAUUCGUAUUUUGCGCCGCAAAACGAUUAUUCGAAGUUCGGCAGAGAAUCUUCGCCUGCCUCGAAAGUCUUCCUCAGAUUGUCGGACAACUAGACGCUUAUCUUGAAAUCUACGCCGAAGACGAUUCGAUCUGGGAUGCCGCAGAAGAUCUUUAUCUAGGCAUUCUCGAAGGGGUUGCGGGGAUGCUCCAGUGGAUUGACAAGUCUGCUUUUGAACGUGCCUACAAAGUUUUACUGUUCCCAAUGACACUCGGCAGUGAUGUAGAGGAGAAGGCAAUCAAGCAGAACAUUGAGGACAGGGUAGCUCGGUUCCGUGAAGUCGCCGAAGUCGGCUUGCACAGAAAUGUUGCUAGUUUACGCGCGGAUCUUGUCCAUUCGAACAAGUCUGUCGAGACACUGAGAAAGAUGUUGGCUGAUCUCAUGUCCUAUUCCCAGUGGGCUCAUGAGAAUCCUCGAGUCGCUGCAGCCAGUAGAACGUCGUUCGUCACACUGGAACAGCUCCGCAGCAUUAUCAAUGUCGACGCACAACUAUCAAAGCGAGACGAAGGAAUCGCGAUAAUGGACGCCCAAAAUGUUUGCCAGCCGAAGCUCAUUAAUCACGCGCUGAGUGUCCUCUACAACGAAAAGUUUCUCAUGUGGCUGCAGUCUAACAUGUCCCAUAUUCUCUUCAUCAAUGGCAGGAUGAAGCUUAACGCUGCACAAGAAGCAUCCUCUCCUCUCACGAUUCUUUCUUGCGUCAUUUCUCAAACUGUUGCUACACAUACCCAACGCAGUAUUCCGAUGCUGUAUCUCUGUGGGCAGCAUAAUUCGCCGGAUGAUGCUGAAGGUGGUCCUAAUGGGAUAUUGCGCUGCCUGAAUUCUCAACUUGCACACGCCAUUGUGCAGGAAGAUGUUGAUCUGUCAAGCGUCGACAUGGAGUUCGUAGAGGGUAUUAAGGCACAGAGGCCUCCAGUGCUUUGUUCUCUAUUUCGCCUACUACUACCAUCUGCCAUGAGGAAGGUGGUAUUCGUUAUCAUAGAUGGGGUCUCCUGGAUGGAAGAAGGACCACACGCGCAGGAUUUUGGCGGGCUGGUCAUCUUUCUCCGAAACCUAGUGAACGAGCUAAAUCAACGCCAGCCUGGGUACGCCGUCAAGGUUUUGCUGACGAACCCGUCGACGAGUGUCCACGCACACCACUUGCUUCCGGAGAGCUGCAUACUGGAAAUGGAAGAUGUGGAGGACUACAUGGACAUUCCAAUGGAAGCAGAGAGAUUUCUAUGGUAA